AUGACGAGGUCUUCCUCAUCUUUCCUUCGCAAAUCAAAACUAUCCCUUAAAUCCAAUAAUAAUGCUACUUCGCACACCCCUUCUAGUUCAACUGAAUAUUUUUCAAAAAAAUCUGGGCAUAAAUCGGACAAAAAUUCCUUCUUACACUCCCUCGGUCACAUAGUACCCUACCGUUUCCGUAUAGGACUUAAUCAACAGAUGCCUUCCAAAUCUAGUGAUUCUGGGACUUUGACAAAAGAGUAUAGUAGGAAUGUGGAUUCUAAUUACACAUACACCGAUUUUUGUGGGUUCCGUUUCCCAACUCUUGAAACCAUCGAAAACAAACGCUAUUGGAAGGACAUCGGUCUAAAUCGAUUUAGUCAACGUAUAUUUCCAAUAAAAUUAUAUCCGCAUUAUAAGCUGGAUCCACUCGUCAAGGAAUAUAUUUAUUUUUUACAUUCAUUAGAUCCGGGAAGGUUUACCAUCAGUAGACUAGCUGAGAGAUUUAGUCUCAAGGCGAGGACAAUAGAGUGGAUUGUUAGACAGGAAUCAUUGGCCUUCUUCCUACGUGUAUCCAAACUUAGUGAUUUUAAUGAUCUUAGAAUCACAUUGAAAGAAUAUCGUAUGAGAACUAAACAAAAUGUAUAUGCUGAUAGAAUUGGCUUAUCGCAUACAGGUGAUGAUAAGGAUUUGGAAGAUACGGGGUUUAAGGGCUUCAAGAGUACAUUCGACUGGAUGUAUCUACAGCAAGUGCAAGUUGAGGCUAUGACGGCAUAUCCCCUCCCUUCAACGCGUUCCCCUGUGCCAAAACGAGUGGAUGUGGAUCUGACAGUAGCUAACAAUAAAAAUGUUAAAGUGAUCAAUUGGAUAGAUCCAACGGAUAAAGUAAUCUUUUGA